AUGUCUAAAACGAAUGUGCGAAGACAUGCUCUGGAGAAGUGCAGGAGUGUGAAGGAGACACAGAAAAACCAGAACUUCUUCACCAGAAACCUCAAGAAAGUGUACCCCAUUGGGCUUCAGAAAAGCUCUUCAUCUUUGUCUUUGUCUUCCAUAUCCUUGUCUUUGUCACAAAACUCAAAUGACUCUUCCCAAGCUGAUUCUUUGAGUCCACUGGAUGAGAAGAUUUCGCUGGCAUUGCGUCUGAUUUCACCACGGGAUAGAAGAGAACCUACAAUAGCUUCUAAACCUCUUCAACAACACCAACCACCAACUUCACCACCCACCACUGAGCCUGAGGAGUUGAAAAGAUGUAACUGGAUCACGAAGAACAGUGAUAAUGCCUACAUAGAAUUUCAUGAUGAGUGCUGGGGUGUUCCAGCCUAUGAUGACAACAAAUUGUUUGAGCUGCUUGCAAUGUCAGGAUUGCUCAUGGACUACAAUUGGACAGAGAUUCUAAAAAGAAAGGAAACUCUUAGAGAAGUUUUUGCUGGAUUUGAUGCUAAUACUGUUGCCAAAAUGGAGGAAAAGGAAAUCAUGGAAAUUGCAUCAAACAAAGCACUUUCUUUAGCCGAUAGCAGAGUCAUGUGCAUAGUAGAUAAUGCCAAAUGCAUAACAAAGAUUGUUAAAGAAUGCGGAUCAUUCAGUAGUUACAUAUGGGGUUACGUGAAUCAUAAGCCAAUAAUAAACAGAUACAAAUACCCAAGAAAUGUGCCAUUGAGGAGUCCAAAAGCAGAGAUCCUUAGCAAGGACUUGGUAAAACGUGGAUUUCGGUUUGUGGGUCCUGUGAUUGUGCACUCUUUUAUGCAAGCUGCAGGAUUGACCAUUGAUCAUCUUGUGGAUUGUUAUAGGCAUAGUGAAUGUGUAAGCCUUGCAGAAAGACCUUGGAGGCAUAUCUAA